GUGCAACGGAAAGAAGUAUUAUAUCAAUACAUCACUCUUAUGGGAUGCCACUUUCACGCUUUCAGUCAUCCAAUCCAUUCACGAUUGAAUAUGCAAUUUCAGGGUCACAGGCUGAGUACAGCUGUUUGAUCGUUACGCAACAAAGCACCCCGAUCCUUUAACUCUAUUGCAGGCCAUCUCAACAGAGCUGAUUGAGUGCCUAUAAAUCCCAAACCUUGAUUUGCGAAACCCUAAUUUCUUUGCAUUCUCAAUGCCAUCAUACCUCCCUCAUCGGUGAAUUCAUUCAGGAGAUUACGUAUUUGGUUUUAUUCGUUCCCAGAAGUUUCGUAACUGGAAGAUGGAUAUAGAAGAAAGGCAAGCGGAGCACAUAGAGUACUUCGUGAAGCAAGCGUCGGCCCUCAAUGGCUCCGCCUUGGCUACUGUCGUCGUCGAGGCCACGUCCCAUCCCUCUCUUUUUGCCUUCUCCGAGUUGCUCUCUGUUACCAAUAUUUUAGAGCUGGAAGGAACUGAGAACUCUAUUUACCUCGAUUUGCUUCGCACGUUUGCUCAUGGAACAUGGACUGAGUACAAAGCUCUUGCUGAAAGGCUUCCUCAGUUGAUGUCUGAUCAAGUGCUCAAGUUGAAGCAACUAACUGUGCUUACACUAGCUGAGUCGACCAAGGUGCUUCCCUAUGAUUUACUUAUGCACGAACUAGACGUCACAAAUGUCCGCGAACUUGAGGAUUUUCUCAUUAACGAGUGCAUGUACGUGGGCAUAGUUAGGGGAAAGCUGGACCAGUUGCGCAGAUGCUUUGAGGUGCAAUUUGCAGCAGGGAGGGAUCUCAGGCCUGGCCAAUUGGGGAGCAUGAUACGGAUGCUAACAGAUUGGCUCACUACUUCAGAUAAUCUUCUCAUAUCAAUUCAAGAGAAGAUCAAAUGGGCUGAUACGAUGAGUGAGAUGGGCAAGAAGCAUAAGAAAGAAAUGGAAGAAAAGCUUGAAGAAGUAAAGAAGUCAUUGUCUUUCAAGGCGGACAUCGACUACCGAGGGCAUGAGGAGAUCUACUCUGAACAUGUUGGAGUGAUGGAUUUUGAAGAAGACCGAAGCCGGCCCAAGAGAAGAAGACACCCUUUUGGUUAAGGAGAUAGAGCAAGGAGUGCGGGGUUGGUUUAGUUUGGCUACCACACAGUGUUUUGGUCAUCAGCCUCAACAACAUUGCGUGAUUAUCUUCUUUGAGAAUGGUGUUAUAGCUGCUUUGAGAUUGAACUUACAAACCUUAGACUCCGAAGUACUGAUGGUGCAUGAUUUUGUACUGCAAUCUCUAACUGACUAUUUUUUUGGGGUUGGCACAAGAAGACCAAGUGCCUUGAUGCGGCUUUCAUUUAUUUAUUAUAUAUAUGGAGAUGAUACCACACAUUGUUAGAUCAAUCAAAUUGCAUGCUUCUCUUUUCCAUGUCUGUAUUCAUCGCCUUACCGCUGUGAAGGAAAUGGUUGACCCAUCAAUCUGUGUUACAAGUGGCAGUCUCGCGUAUGUGAGAUGAUGUUUCUCUCGUGCAUGCGAGCUUUUCUUGAUUUAAUGGCAAAAUUUCAACAACUUCCUUCGCAUCAGAUGGGAGCAUGCUGUCGAUUGAGAACCCUGUAACUUGAGGGUGAUCGAUUGAUGCUUAAAGGGGAAGGGGCACACUUGGUUCUUGGCAGAAGAAGAGGAAUUAUGGGCAGCGGUGAUGCAUUCUUUUGACUGCUUUUGGUUGGCACCUUUCUCAUGGAAGAGCCCCGCGAGGCCUAUAUAGCGGAGAUUGCGAACAAGGUCAGCGCAGGCAAGGCGGGGCUGGAUGGAGAUGAGGUAGACCCGACGCAAGAAAGUUUGGAAAAGUUGAUCGGACAGUGCGACUUUUGGGAGAUCAGGAAUGAGGAUGACGAAGUGCUGUUUGAUGAGGAGGACGUCGCGGACCGCAUGGAGCAGUCAAUUCAGGGGGCUCAUCCCCCUCCCGAGCCGCCGCCAUGGAGUGCAAGAGAGUCUAAGGUUUGGAAGAAGAUAAGUGAACUCGUUUUAAUUUCGUUUUAUUUUAUUUGUGUUUUUCUUUGGAUUGCAAACUGUUUUGGGUGUGUUCUUAUUUCCUAAAAGAAAGACUUUAGAGUUUAUAAAUCAGGUGAUGAGAAGUCUGGUUUGCCUGUCAUUGGCUCAGUUAAGCCCAUUACAGGCUCAGUGAAUCUCAUUGCCUCAAAGAAGGUGAUAUAUUCUAAGUAUGGUUCAAAGGCGGACGACAGAAAAAUGACUUUAUUGUCGUUUUGUUUCCUGCUUUAUCUCUGAUUGUAUUAUCAGCCAAGUUACAAACGUUUUGUUGAUUUAAUAUAAUUGUUCGUUUUACGAUAGAA